GAAAAGAGCCGGGGAUACAGGACCAUUCCUACACUGGGUCUGGUCCGGGUACCGCUACCGGAAAAGGCGGGCCGUGUGCCGGCACGCAUGCGCGCCACUUCCGCGGCCUGUGGCGUCGGUGGCUUCUCCGGGUGCACGUGGGACCGCGCUUGUUUGGAAGGGCUCCCGGUGUCCGAGCAGGGUCCAGCUCAGCGGAGGCUUCGGUACCAUGGGGCGCAAGUUGGACCCUACGAAGAAGGAGAAGCGUGGGCCCGGCCGAAAGGCCCGAAAACAGAAGGGUGCUGAGACCGAGCUCGUCAAAUUCUUGCCUACAGCUGGUGAUGAAAAUUCGAAGAGGCUGUCUAGUCGAGCUCGAAAGAGGGCAGCCAGGAGGAGGUUGGGGUCUAUUGAAGGCCCUAAGGCAAUUAAGUCUCCUGGGAUCAAAACGUUGCCUACAGUGCUACCUAAAGGAGCAGUUCACACUCCUGGUAAGAAGGGGACCCUGUCCUUACUUAACACUGCUCGAGGCAAGAAGCGCCCAGCACCAGCUCGUACCAGUGAAGAAGAUGAGGAGGAGGAAGAUUCUGAAGAAGAUGGUGUGGUGAGCCAGGGAGACCUCUGGGGCUCUGAGGACAGUGAUGCUGAUAUGGUGGAUGACUACGGAGCUGACUCUAACUCAGAGGAUGAGGAUGACAAGUUGCUGCCCAUCGAAAGAGCUGCCCUCAAGCAGAAGGCCCAGGAGGCUGCAGCAGGGGACCAGUGGAGUGAAGAGACUGAUGAAGAGGAUGAUGAAGAUGUUUCCUCAGGGUCACAUCCAGCAAAGACUGAUGAGGCAGAGGACGGCCUCCAGAUUAAUGUGCAAGAUGAGGAGGCCUUUGUGCUGCCCCCUGCUGGGGAGAUGGAGCAGGAUGCUCAGGCUCCAGACCUGCAACGGGUUCACAAGCGGAUCCAGGAUAUAGUGGAAGUGCUGCGGAAUUUUGGGGCUCAGCGGGAAGAAGGGCGCUCUCGUUCUGAGUAUCUGAAUCGGCUUCAGAAAGAUCUGGCUACUUACUAUUCUUACGGUGACUUCCUACUUGGCAAACUCAUGGAGCUCUUCCCUCUGUCUGAGCUGAUAGAGUUCUUAGAAGCUAAUGAGGUGCCCCGGCCGAUCACCCUUCGGACCAACACCUUGAAAACCCGACGCCGAGACCUUGCUCAGGCUCUAAUUAACCGCGGGGUUAAUCUAGAUCCCUUAGGCAAGUGGUCAAAGACUGGACUUGUGGUAUAUGAUUCUUCAGUGCCCAUUGGUGCUACCCCCGAGUACCUGGCUGGCCACUAUAUGCUGCAGGGAGCCUCUAGCAUGUUACCUGUCAUGGCCCUGGCACCCCAGGAACAUGAGCGGAUCCUAGACAUGUGUUGUGCUCCUGGAGGAAAAACCAGCUACAUAGCCCAGCUGAUGAAGAAUACAGGUGUGAUCCUUGCCAAUGAUGCCAAUGCUGAGCGGCUCAAGAGUGUUGUUGGCAACCUGCAUCGAUUGGGAGUCACCAACACCAUUAUCAGCCACUAUGAUGGGCGCCAAUUCCCCAAGGUGGUGGGGGGCUUUGACCGAGUACUACUGGAUGCUCCCUGCAGUGGCACAGGGGUCAUCUCCAAGGAUCCAGCUGUGAAGACAAAUAAGGAUGAGAAGGACAUCCUGCGCUGUGCUCACCUUCAGAAAGAGCUGCUUCUCAGUGCCAUCGACUCUGUCAAUGCCACCUCCAAGACAGGAGGCUACCUGGUCUACUGCACCUGCUCCAUUACGGUAGAAGAGAAUGAGUGGGUGGUAGACUAUGCCCUGAAAAAGAGGAACGUGCGGCUGGUGCCCACAGGCCUGGACUUCGGCCAAGAAGGUUUUACCCGCUUUCGAGAAAGGCGCUUUCAUCCCACUUUGCGUUCUACCCGACGCUUCUACCCGCACACUCACAAUAUGGAUGGUUUCUUUAUUGCCAAGUUCAAGAAAUUCUCCAAUUCUGUUCCUCAGUCUCGCAGAGGAAAUUCUGCAGCAGCUACUGCAGACCUAGACUUGCCUGACUCAAAGGGACAGGUCACCUCCAAGUCAGAGAACAGCAGUCAGCCGGCCAAGAAAGCCAGUGGGGCUGCAAAGGCAAAGCAGCAGUUGCAGAAGCAUCCCAAGAAGGCCUCCUUCCAGAAGCUGAAUGGCAUUUCCAAAGGUGCAGAAGUGUCCACCCUUCCUUCUGUCACAAAGGCCCAAGCGUCUGUCAGGCUCCAGAAUAGCAGUCAGCCUGCUGGAAAAGCUGAAGUAAUCAGGAAACCAAAGGUGGCUGGGAAGCUAAAGCCACAGGGGCUGAAAUUAAAAUACUCCAAGAAAGUUGUUUUCCAUAAGCAGGAUGCCAAGGGUGCCAACACAGAAACACCUGCUGUGUUAUCUCCCUCUGAGAUUCAGGCCACCCCAAAGCCUAAGGACUGUGCUCAGCCUCUUGGGAAGGCCAAAACGGUUGAGAAAGGGAAACAGCAGUUACCAGGGCAGCCUUCCAAGAAAGCUGCUUCCCGGAAAGAAAAUGGCACUCCCAAGGAACCUUCUGCCCCGACUCUGUCUCCCCUCAGUUCCACCAGGCCCCCACCAGCAAAGAGGAGGAAAUCUGGGUUGAAAGGACAGCAGCUUGCCACUGUUGUCUUAAACGGACAUGGAAACUAGACUGCUGAUUACCUCUGCAAGGAUGGCUUCGUCUGUCACUGUGCAUACCAUACAUAUGAAAUUUAAUAUACAUAUUACUACCCCCGGC